CAUUCGAUUCAAGAAUAAAAAAGCCGAGGGAAGCAAGUCUUCAGAACAAAAAGUUUCCUCUGUGAAGACAAAUGUUUGGCCUCUUUCUCCCGGGGCUGUGUGCAUACAGAGAUCCGAGAAGCGCGUUUUAUGUGUGACCGCACGGAGGGUUGGACAAAUUGAAGGAGCAACAGGAGGCGGCAGAGACGCUUUCCAGAAGAAGCAAGGGGAGAGAGAGCGGGAAGGAGAGAAAGGGAGAGAGAGAGACUAUCUCACUCUCCCAGUCGUAGUUGCAACCGGAUCGCAUCCAGCGUCUCUCUCGACACCGCAAUAGCAGGACAAUGUCUAGUAAAGCGACUUUAGCCUUACUCAUCUAUGGAAUCAUAAUGCACUACAGUGUCUACUGCUCACCUCUCGGGCUUAACUAUCCUAACCUUAGACUUGAAAAUGAGGUUUAUGACGAGGAUGGGAAUUCGUUACCGGACUUGGCUUUUGACAGUGAUCAAAUUGCUAUAAGAAGUCCCCCGUCUGUGGCUGACGAUUUGUACACUUUAUACUACCCACCGGAGAAAAGAACGGAAAGGCAUGCAGACGGAAUGUUUAAUAAAGCCUACAGGAAAGCGCUGGGUCAGUUAUCAGCAAGAAAAUAUCUCCAUUCUCUGAUGGCAAAGCGUGUAGGUGGAGGGAGCACCAUGGAAGACGACUCAGAGCCUCUGUCAAAGCGACAUUCGGAUGGGAUCUUCACAGAUAGCUACAGCCGCUACCGAAAGCAAAUGGCAGUCAAGAAAUACCUGGCUGCAGUCCUUGGGAAAAGCCCUGAAGACUUAGGUUUUCACCAUAUUCUACAAGACAUAGACUUUGAUGCCCUCCCGGAUGGGGAUGAGUUUGAGGCUAUUUUGGGAGACUGGCUGAAACAGUUUUCUCCCGAAUUUCCGGUGAGUUCCAGGCUCUUUCCCAAGGCCUUGUCUUGAGGGAUGUCUCCUGUCUCUCCCUCUUUUUCUCACCGUAACCUAAACCUGUGAUCUUACACUCCAAAUACUUUACACAACCCAAUCGCCUCCUUUCCUCAUUUGUGCUCCUGUCUCUCUAGAGAUACUGUAUCUACUAUAUUCACACCUAUAUAAUGCAUGUCAAGCAUGCAUGUACAGAAUAUGUAUGAACGUGAAUAUAGAUGCAUAGAUAUGUUAUACACAUAAAACGUGUGUUGAUAUACUUUAUAUAUUUUUAAAUUCCCCAUAAAUAUCCUAUCAGAGGCUGUAGGAUAAUAAUGUGAUGUCAAACACUAUUAUAAAGAAAUUAAUUAUUUAAGACCAAAACAGACAUGACCCAACUGGUUUUAGAAGCCUUACAUAUGGUGGUAACCCAGCCACUAAAGUGAAAUACUUGUUAGAAUGACCCCUAUAUGACCCCGAUAUAAGAUGAGGACCAGAGUGCUUUUGAGCUUUUUCUUUUCUUCCGGUUGUUCUUCUUCAGUGUUAACGAAAAAUAAGCGUACACUUUUGAACUUUGUGCAAAGUAUCUAUCUUGUGUUCCUCUCUAGUGCUAUCCGUGUGUUUUGAAAAGCUCUUGAAAACCUGGAAUGCUGUUAAAGGUUUUCCAUAUGUCUCUUCUCGCCACAUAAGAAGUAUCAUGAACAUAGAACAACCUAGAAUGUUAGCAGACUCAAAAGAAAGAAAGAAACAAUUCAGACCGUUUCGAACUAACGUGAUACUUUUUAUAUGGCUUCAUUUAAUUUCACAAAUGUUGUUAUUUUUCAUGAGGAACAUUGCAGAGGUAAUCUGAAGACGUAUGUGUUGCACCUUUCUGGUUGCUUUGCUGUGCUUCCCCUCUAUUGUCAUGUGAACCAAUGUAAAGCUAGACUGCAUGAUUAAAGUAAUUGCACUAGCCACAAAAUCUGUGCAAACUACUGCAAUUGGCUGGUUUUGUUUGCUCACUGAUUGACGUAUCUACAUAUCUGUGUUUUCUGGAUGUUGUUUUUGUUCCUUCCCCAACAUUACUGCACAACGUGUGCGAUUGAACGUCUGACCCCUGUCCUCUGUCGAGGAAACUCGGAUGAAUGUACUGCAGAGGAGAAGCUCUUAGAAAGAGUCUUGUUAUGUUGUCCUUUUAGUCUCUUCUCAAUGGGACUUGAGGCAAGAUUUUGUUACAUUCCAAAUAUAAUGUAUGCCAAAAACAA